AUGGCCUCGCCCGUGUUGGACGAGCCGGCCGCGGGCGCCGCCAGCAUGGCCAAGCAGCGCACGAUUCGCCUCAUGGUCUUGGGCGACGAGAAGGUCGGCAAGUCGUCGCUCAUCUCGGCGCUCGUCUCGCAGCACUCGAGCGAGCAUGUGCCCCGCGUGCUCCACGACAUUGUCAUCCCAACCGAAGAUACGCGCGAAAACGUCGUCAUCUCGCUUCACGACACAAGCUCCAACUCGAACGACGUCAUGGAAGUCAUCAAGACGAUCAACCGCAGCGAUGCUGCCAUCGUGGUCUACGACGUGAGCCGACCUAUCUCGUCCCAACGGCUAAGCUAUUGGCUCGACUUGCUCAAGGUGACCAAGGUCAUGCCCGUCGUUCUCGUUGGCAACAAGUGCGACCUCCUGCCUGGCGGCUCGGAGAUGUCCCGCGUCCAGUCCGUCUUGCGCAACUACAAGUUUAUUGUGCACAGCUUGGAGUGCUCGGCCAAGUCGCUCGUGAACGUCAAGAAGACUUUUGGUCUCGCGCAAAAGGCUGUCUUGUAUCCGAUGGGUCCCCUCUACGACGCGGAAAAGAAGCAAUUGCAACCGAUGUUUGUCCAAGUGCUCAAGCGCAUCUUUCGGCUCUUUGACGAAGACCGCGAUGGCAUGAUCAACCGAGAGGAGCUCAAUCGCUACCAGGCGACGUUCUUUCGAGCGCGUAUGAAGCAAGAAGAGAUCGACAUCCUACUCGAUCUUGUCCAACUCGUCAAGCCCGACGGUGUUGCGAUGGACAAGAUGGGCAUCUACCUCGCAGGCUUCGUGUACCUCUCGGAGCUCGCGAUCGAGAAGAACAAGCCCGAGCACUGCUGGCAGGUUCUGCGGUCGCUCGGCUACUCGGACGACCUUGCGCUCGACAUUCCGUCCGACUACAUUGAGAUCCCGCGCGAGGGCCACGAGUAUCCGAUGGUGGAUUUGAGCCCCACUGCGUGUCUCUUCCUCAAAAACGUCUUUGAGCAAUUCGCCGCCGAGGACCACAUGCUACACUGGGCGUCGCUGCAGACCAUUUUCGAGAUUGUGCCCGCCGAGAAACAGCCGCAGUGGUUCCUCAAGGCGACGCCCGCCGCAACAACGCUCGAGCUAUCGACCUGGAUGGCGCUCUGGAGUCUCGAGAUGGCCAUCUUCCCGAAAGAAACGCUGAGUCAACUCUUCUACCUCGGAUUCAGCCACAAAGCUCCCGUGGCCGUCGAAGUGUACGAUGAAGUAGCGCCGAUCAACGCGCCUCACACUCGCUUGUAG